CUGCAUGCCAUCUGCACGCGAACAGGGGUCAAGGAUAAUUCAAUAGUGGCCAGAAUCUGUCAUGUUAAUUCAUGGAUUGAAUUCAGGUUCCCGCGAGCCCGUCUUGGAAAUGAGAAAACGGGAAAAGGAGGGAAAAAAAAGAAAAAUAAAGAUUCAGCGCUUAUUGAGUACAAUGGGACAAAGACGAUGAAUCCGGAGGAUUGACAAUGGCCAGGUAGGGAAUUACCCUGAUGCUUAAGCUCUCAAUCACAAUCACAUUUUCUCCGGUCCUUCGGUCCGAGUUACUCGUCUCGUCUUGGGGAUGCAAAAGUGCCAGUCACUCCACCGCGGACAGGCCAGUCAGUAUGCCUGCGGUGUCAGUUCAGCCCGUCCAGGAAACUCAGGUAUCACAAGGCAAGCCAUUUGGUCAUACCAUUCCCAACCAGGUACACGGGGUGAGAUGAUGCCACCCCAUCGAUGCUUUUUACCUUUUCCCAAGGCUCCAAAGCCGGACAUGAUGUGCAGUCAGCUAGGUGAGUACUUCUGGCGGUACGUACAUAAUGUGGCUCUAGAUGCAUCCACGUACAUACUUCAUUUGGAGCUCAUCUAUCUGAAGCAAGUCAUAAUCUUGACCGCCUACCGACCAUCGCCGUUCCGUACUUUUACAUGUGCUGCUUCCCUUCCCCCCCAUGAAAGAGAUGGUAUGUCACCGGUUCCCCUUUCGGUUGAGUAUGCAGAGCCUGGUCCAAUGUUCGAAGCACUGAGAUCGCACUGCAGUACACACCACGCGCUGUGGCAUAGUGUUUGUGGUUGCGCCAUCUUUCAAAUUGGACAGCUACGCAAGACCGCCAUUUUUAAGGCACUGCAAGAAGGAUGUGGAGGAAAGGUUCCGUUUGGCUGAUUGAGCAUGUCCGGUACCUCAGCCGCGGAGCGUCGAGGUAGGCCUGGCAACUGAGAGUAUUUUCCUGCUCCCCUGACGUGAAGAUCACACCUGGUUGGACAAACAGCCCUGAUUAACCGCGUUUACUCGCGCCGCUUCAAGUUAAUUUGAGUAGGGCAAUCUGGCGGUGUAUCAGCUCACCGGCCGCGGAGGCAUGCAUCCAAACGGCUUAACUCUACGGUGCAAGAGACGCCGCUCGC